ACAUACAUGUAUAGGAAUAAUUAGUAAUUAAUAAUUGACGUAUAGGCGGCGGAAAGAUGACUGUCUCUGAUGAUCCAAUAGCCGAAAGAGUCAAAUCUAUUAUUCAACCAUCGGUCGAUGGUUUAAAGAAUCCAUUUGAUAGCGAUCACGUAAGAGAUGACGGAAAUGUGGAUCAGAAUACAAGCAACAAUGACGAUGUGUUUGAAGUUGAGACACUCGACGAAGCAUUUUUGACACGGAAUUGGGCUGAUAACACUCCGGCAACGUUGCAUUCGACGAAGAGUAAUGAAUUACAAGUUCCGCCAUACAACGAUGAAGAAGCUCUAGACUCGGAUCUUCUUUCAUAUGCUGAAGUAGAGAGAGAGCUAUAG